AUGCUGGAGGCUCUCAAGAAAGUCGAAUCUCUUGGACCGCAGGUCACCUACAACGCCCCCCUCAUGAGCCUUCCUGAAAUCACCGAGAAUUACAAAACCGUCGCGAUGGGAGAUAUCGGAAGACACCAGCUUGCAUUCGUCAUUCAAAGAUUUUUAGGCUUAUUCAAUAACCCCAAAUUACGGACAUUCCAGGAUCUGGUGAUAUUUAAUAAAGAACACGCAGCUGAAAACCUUCCACCAGAUCAACCCAGCCAGCAAGUGCUGGAAAAUGGCUUGAACGAUACUAUGACCGAUGUGCAAUAUCACAGUGGAUUGGAGUCCAAUGCGGAUGUUAUCAUGGCAUCUGGGGAAACACUGGUUCCUAGUACUGCGGCUUGUGCAGGCUAUCCCAUCGGCAGUGUCCCACUCGGCUUCUCUACUUACAAUGGAAGACCUUUUGGAAUGGAAGUACUGGCACGGAAUGGCGAGGAGGAAAAGAUUUUUCUAGUAAUGUCGGCAUGGGAAGCGACGUUCCCGGAGGCCAGGCGGCCGCCGCCUCUUUUGGUCAACUGGGCCACCAAGUUGUAG